AUGGUUCAGCCGCGAUUCGUCCGUCCGACGGCAUUAUCCCCUUCCUCCGGCGCCGGAGAACCCAACUCCUCCAAUCUGUACGUCGCGAACUGCGGGCCGGCGGUUGGACUGUCACACGACGCGAUCGCGGCGGUGUUCUCUUCUUUCGGUGAAGUGAAUGGCGUCUACCCGGCGGACGAGAGCGGCGUUCGUGUCAUCGUCUCUUUCGCAGAUCCGUUCUCGGCGAAAUCCGCUAAAGAAGCGUUGAGUGGUCGGCCAUGUCCGGACCUCGAUGGACGGACUCUGCACAUUCGAUACUCUGUUCUUCAAUCACCUUCCCAGACGCAGGUGGGUGAUUGUGUCCCAGUGUCAUUGUCUGGUUCAGAUUUGAAUAUCCCAGGGCUCUUCCUGUUACCUGAUUUCGUCACUGCCGAAGAAGAACAGCAAUUGCUUGCGGCUGUUGAUACUCAGCCUUGGAUUGGUCUCGCCAAACGGCGUGUUCAACACUAUGGAUAUGAGUUUUGUUACGGGACAAGAAAUGUUGAUACCAAGAACCGCCUCGGAGAGCUUCCACCGUUCGUUUCCCCUAUACUCCAAAGAAUCUCACUGUUCCCGAACCUUGACUAUGACCCAGCAAGCUUGAAUCUGGACCAGUUAACGGUAAAUGAGUAUCCAUCUGGUGUGGGUUUAGCGCCUCACAUUGACACGCAUUCAGCAUUUGAAGAUUGCAUUUUCAGCCUUUCUUUAGCUGGUCCGUGCAUUAUGGAGUUCAGAAGAUACUCUGCUUCCACAUGGAAAGUAGCCUCAACCACCGAUGAUGAAGAGAAGCCAGAUACCUCCACUUGCAUCAAGAAAGCUUUAUAUCUUCCUCCUCGGUCUAUGCUCUUAUUAUCCGGAGAAGCUCGGUAUGCUUGGAAUCAUUACAUUCCACAUCACAAGAUUGACAAGGUGAAGGAUAAAGUGAUCAGAAGAAGUCCGAGAAGGGUAUCUUUCACAUUACGGAAGCAUCAAACCAUGACCUUUAAAUUUAAUUGUGCGGAUGCAACAAAGGACCGCAUCAAAAUAAAAACUUCUCAUAUUGAAAGUGUUCUCAGAAAUCCAACUGAUCAUAGAAAAAGCAUGAAAACAUACACCAUAAUUACCGCACAACACGAGACACCUACUAAUUGUGACUUAAGAAAGAAAAAGAUAGGAUUCAUUGCGGAAAUAUUGCCAUUAGAGAAGCUCUCAAACACCCCAUUUGCCCCACCUGUGGUGAUGCUUUUGUUCAUGAAUAAUCUAACUUUGAUGAACAGAAGUCUAAGACCAAACAAAAGAGGGUUUCGUCAGCAGAUGUUUAACAAUACUCUGAUUCAUCUCCCUCGUCCCAUUAUUCCUACUUUCACCAGUUAUCGAGCCUGCAGGAAGAUUCUUUCAAAAAGAAUGAGCACUGCAAUGGAACCUAAAGUUCGAAAAUUUGAAUCUGUUGAAGGAGCUGAUCUUAGUUCAAUAAGCAAACCUGAUGGCAUCAGAUUCCGUCUUGUUUCCUAUAACAUACUAGCUCAGGUUUAUGUUAAGAGCUCCGUUUUCCCACACUCUCCACCUGCCUGCCUCAAAUGGAAAGCUCGUUCACAUGCCAUUCUUAGCGUUCUGAAAAAACUCCAGGCUGACAUCUUUUGUUUGCAGGAAGUAGAUGAGUACGAUUGCUUUUACAGAAAAAACAUGGAGUCUCUGGGUUACUCUGGGAUUUAUAUUCAGAGAACCGGACAGAGAAAGCGUGAUGGUUGUGCAAUCUUUUACAAGCCUAGCUGUGCAGAGUUAGUCACCAAAGAACGGAUCGAGUACAAUGAUCUUUUGAACUCAGUAAAGGCAGAUAGUGUUUCCUGCAGCGGACAGAAGAUUGAGACCUCUAACGAGGCAAAAGGUGAUGAAAAAGCGAAAGAUUCUGGAAAAGACAGCCGUGACCUGAAUGAUCCACAAGUGAGGCUAAAACGCGAUUGUGUUGGAAUAAUGGCUGCUUUUAGGAUCAACAAGCCGUUUCAUCACAUUGUCAUCGUGGCAAACACACAUCUUUACUGGGACCCGGAGUUGGCUGAUGUGAAGCUUGCACAAGCCAAGUAUCUACUUUCACGUCUAGCUCAGUUCAAGACGCUAAUAUCAGAUGAAUUCGAGUGCACACCUUCGUUGCUACUAGCCGGUGACUUCAAUUCAAUCCCUGGGGAUAUGGUGUAUAGUUACCUAGUAUCGGGUUAUACGAAACCUGCAGAGACCAUAGAAGAAGCUCCAGUUCCUAUGUGUAGUGUCUAUGGAGUGACAAGAGGAGAGCCUAAGUUCACAAACUGCACUCCAGGCUUCACAAACACACUUGACUACAUCUUCUUCUCUCCUUCAGACUCCAUCAAACCUGUGAGUAUCCUCCAACUACCUGAACCAGAAUCUCCCGAUGUUGUUGGUUUCUUACCAAAUAAUCAUCACCCCAGUGACCACUUACCGAUAGGAGCCGAGUUUGAGAUCAGUCCGGAAUAG